AAGUAUUACCACAAUUUAGAGUUCUGGUACACCUUCUUUAUCACAAUAUAAAACUAAAAUAGAAAAACCACAAAAUUAUAUGUGUCAGUGGAAGCCCUGUAUCAGCAGAACAGUAUUAUCAUGACAGGCGUUCGAAUAGCUGACAUUUUUACCAGACGAUGGUAUUCCAUUCAGUCAAUGCUGUACCUCCAGCAAGGCAAGUCCCUCAAAUCAUAUCGAAAUAUUUGCAGAGAUAAGAUGAGCCAGAGUCACCUUCAAACGGAUCAGCUGCUCUUCGAGGAGAAACCACUCCAUGUGCCGACCCUCUCAGAACUACAAAAAGUUAUACUGGGUGCUCUGAGUGAGAACUUUCGAACCGUUGAUGUUAGUGUGGGACCUUGUCCCGAUCUAAAGGACCCCCAAUUUGGCCUGGUUGAGAGUGGUCUGGGUGGUAAAGCCACUCUACUGGAAGCAGGUGGUCCACCCUAUUUGCGACCUUUAGUGCAACGUGAUAAGCUAUACAACUUAAAGGAAAUUACUCGCAAGGCUCAAGGUCCUGGAAAGAUUUUUGCUGUGGGACCAGGAGCAGGUCCUUGGCCCAUUCGUCAUUCCAAUUGCGAGGGCAUCUUUAAUUUUUCCCUCAAUGAAGACGAUGAACUUACCCAGGGAAGCUACACAGCCACUGUGAGGGGAGAAAAUGAGGAUUGUGUUUUGGAGAGGAUUCCCCAGACCGAAUCCCGUUGCGCCCUGAUCCUAAAUCUGUUCCUCAGCGAAGGAAAGCCAGGUGAAGUUCUCAAAAUAUCCGCCAAACAGCGAACUGGUGAGGAUAACUUUGUGGAGUGCAUGCGAAAAGGUCUGGAGAAGCACUACGGCGAUAAGGCGGUGGGUCUGGGAGGGAUCUUUGUAGUCAGGAAGGGGUGUGUCCACCAGCACGUGAUGCGGGACUUCAGCAAGACCCCGAUUCACACCCAGGAACAGAUCCAAAACUGGCUCAAGUUUUACGAUAUGCCCGCCCAGCUGAACGCCGUGGGCACUUUGGUGACCAAGGACAUGGGUUUGGACUUAAGGCUGCAGCACUUUCACUCGUUCUCCUUCGAAAACUGGGGUGGUCACUACCAUUACGAUACCACCCCUGACUUGGUGGAGUACGAGGCCUAUCUGAAUGUGGCUGAAAGAGUAGUCCGUGUGGAUAGACCAAUAGUAACCGAUCAAUUAGGAAGAGACUGAUAUACCUAUCCAUCAAUCUGCCCAAAAAUAAACGUCUUCUGGGAAAAUGGUUUCGGUUUCUUUCUACUCUUUUUUGGAUCACCAACUUGUGGCUCGUUUAAACCGCAUCAUUUGUGGAACGAACCCCCGGGGAACAAGCUUUAUGUAAUUGCCAAAAAUUAGAGCCAACGACCAGCCGCUUUCUUCGAGAUGCAAAUCGAUGGCUAAAUGAUC